AUGCUGAAAGCUUCGUACAGCUUGAAUUCAUACGGGCGUACAGUUUUCGCUCUGUGCAUCGUACUUUGUUUCACACACAGCGUUUCUUCUACACAUGCUCAUCAAAGGAAGGCUGCUUCGUUGAUUUCGCCGAUCGGUGAUCCAAUCGACGUAUGGGACUCUGUUGACACCUGGAAGCGGUGCUCAAUCGUCGACGUUCCUGACAUUCCUAGUCGCGUGUAUGCUGAAGCCAAGGACAAGAUGCACAUGAUUGAAGGUUCUACGCACUUCUUUCCCAUGACUGGUGAUUCCAUUUUUAACUUCACCAGAAGCUGCAAGCCUGCGUGGAACAUGACGGGAGAUGGUAAUCCUGCAAUGUUCGCUGGAAACGAGUUUUUAGACUCCGCAAUUGCUUUCUCAAAUGGAACUGUCGUCUCUCUAAUACAUACUGAGUUUCCAGGGAAUAGAUACAACAUGUGCAACUCAACUGCCUAUCCAUUAUGUUGGACAGUUACCAUUGGUUUGGCCAUCUCUCAUGACUGGGGAGCGACCUGGUCUCAUGUCCGCCCUCCACCUCACCAUUUGAUGGCUGCAGUUCCAUAUGUGUACGAUGAAAAAAAACUGGCUUAUGGAUGGGGUGAUCCCUCGAACAUUGUGCUCAAUCCACGCGAUGGAUACUACUAUGUUGCAAUGUGGAAUCGGCAUCAGAUUGGAAAACAGAAGUCAGGGAUUUGCAUCGCUCGGACACGCCAGCUUCUAGACCCUUCUUCAUGGAGGGGAUGGGACGGCAAAGGAUUCAGCACUACUUUUGUCUCUCCGUACUCGUUGGAUCCGAAAGCACCGAAAGAGCAACACAUCUGUACGGUGAUCGAGAAUGUACCUACUCUUUGUGCUGCGUUGAGCAUGGUAUGGAGUACUUACCUAGAGAAGUUUGUUAUGACGAUUGGUUGUUUCGAUGAGCUGUCCAAAUCGUUCUACAUCUCCACAAGCGAUGACCUCAUACAUUGGACUACUAUGCGUCCUUUUUUUGAUGCAGAUAUACUUCCGCCAAGGGUGAAGAAAAUGAUAACUUCUAUUGGGUAUCCUGCUCUUCUCGACCCUAUCGCUUUUUCGUCAUAUGGCGAUAGAAACUUUUACACAAUCGGAAAAGAGCCAUACCUGUUUUGGGUUUCUCUGGGACAUAGUCCUUAUACAGAUGGCAGGCAUUUAUGGGCAUCACCAAUGAGAUUCAAUAGCGAGGAGGGGGUUCUGAGCAACGUGUCCUCCAGUUAUACAACAGUGCUGUAA